AACGUCAAAGGUACGUUUGUUUACAUUCAUCUUGCCGUGGCGUAAAGUGCGUGUUGGGGUGCUUCAUCAAGAAACAGACACGGACAAACAAACCGUCUCGUCCUUUUGCGGUGUGUUCCGCCCGAUUAUGAGCGUCCCGGGUACGGCGGGAAGCUCGGUGUGCCGGUAAAACGUCAACAGCGACCGACGCACGGCUAGGCAUGCCAGGCCCGCCAGGAUGUGUUAUGUCGUGAUCGCAAAGUUCAUCCGUCGGCGGCUGGUGCUUGCGAUAAUCUUUCUCCUUUCCCUGUCCUACUGCAUGGUGCACCUGAUACGAAAGAGCAACAACCUCAGCCUGAACGGGGACUAUCUGCAGACGCAGCUGCUGCUGCGCAAAAACAUUAUCUGGACCAAAGUGCGGCACACCGGGCAGCCGGGUGCACUGGGGGCGGAGGUGCUGCCUGUCGGCACGGCCAACGAAACCGACGACCAGCCAGCCCAGCCGGCCAGCUGCCGGAAUUCGAUCCAAGGCCGGUCGCUGCUUGUCGAUGACCGUGGGUACGUGUGCCCGCGGGCCGACCUGCUCGCGAACGGCUGCUGCAGCGCUGGGAGCGGCGGCACCACGGCGAACGCGGACGCAGGCCGGCUCUUCCCGUGCCGCACCUGUCUACCGAACCGCUGCUGUGCCGUGUACGAGUACUGUGUGGCGUGCUGCCUGAACCCGGACAAGCGACCGAUCCUGGAGGAGGUGCUGGCCAAAGCGAACGGCCGACAGGUGGCCCUGUACGCGGAGGUGACCGACCAGUUCGAGCUGUGCCUGACCAAGUGUCGCACCAACUCGCAGUCGGUGCAGAACGAGAACAAGUACCGGAAUCCGGAACAGAAGCACUGCUACGGUGAGAUGAGCGAGGCGGCGUGGGCUUCCGCGAGCGGCAAGGACGCGCAGAAACCGCUCCCGGACGAUCCGUGAGGGGACGCAGGACCGUAGGAAGGCAAAAAACUAAAACGAAAGCUAAGCGAUAGGUUAAGUGUGAAAAGUCAAUUUUAUAUUACACACUGAUACGCGCACACACACAUUCACACACAUGCGCUCGCGCUCUACUAGGCGCCAUUAGUGCGCUUUUUGUUGUUGUCAUCCGUCCACUACUGGCUGGCCGUUUUGUGUAUUCCCCUCCUCGCCACUCUUUAGAGAAAAAGGGAUGCGGACGUGGAAAACUAUGCGCUCAUGUGUGUGUGCCUGUGUUAAUGUGCGUGUGAAUGUAUGGCUAAAAUAAAGACAACCCCGUGUAUUUGUUAGAAGAUAAAUCCUUAACAGCAAAAACCAAA